AAAAUGUCUGCGCCCAUGGAAGCUGAAUGUUGAGGUUGGUGCUGGUCAACAUAGAUAUACCAAAUUAAUGACAAUAUGCCCGAGGGGACAGCAUUUAAACAGGUAGACGAGAAGCACGUGUCUGUGGAGGUGGAAUUGAUGUUAUGGUCACCAAAGUUUGAUCUGGUGGCACUGUCUAAUGUUCAAGGGGAGGUUGUUCUUCAUCGACUGUCAUGGCAGAAAGUAUGGUUGGUGGCUCCCCCUGCUGAAGAAGUGAAAGUCACAGCAUUAGCAUGGCGACCAGAUGGAAAAGUGUUAGCAGCAGGAUAUACCUGUGGCAAGAUCAAUCUGUAUGACAUUGAAAACUCUGAAGUCCUCACGACGCUAGAACUACCAGGGGAGGUAACUUGUAUGAGCUGGAUCACCCAGUCACUACCAGAGGGCAGCACCUGGUCCCCAGAUCCCUAUGAUGAUGAUAAUGCUGCAGUAUACCUUCCAAAGCUCCAGCCAUUAAAUAAAAGUUACGGUACUCUAACAAAGGGGACAUCUGUGGAGGAAAAUGUGGAAGAUAAGAAAAAGCUGAAUGAUCAAAAGGAACUGAAUCUGUUGCUGGCUGGCUGUGGGGGGAAGGAGCUACAUAUGUUUGCCUAUGGUGUGUACCCCAUUGGUGAUGGAGUGAUUACCGGUUCACCUAUCCACAACGCACAGCUAAAACAGAUACAUAGUGCUGAGAUAUCACAGAACCUCCACACAGUUUCCAUGGUGAUAGAGCUGGCUAAGGGAGACACACAGGAACAAGAAUUCUCAAUCAUGACGUUUGACACAAGACUGCUAUCAUCUCGGUACCGAGAAUUACGAAUCCUGGCAUUGAAGUGUGGACAGAUUGCUACGUUGAUGGGGUAUUUACAACAGACUAUACAACAGAUGUCCGAGGCUUGGGAAGAUAUCCUGAUGGAAAUGGAUUCAAAACUCCUCAAGUUCGCUGGAGAAAAAAGAAAGACAGGCACCAGUACUGUUAGCAAUGAUUUCCUGGAACUGUUGAUGUUUGGAACUCCGAGUCCUGAGCUUCAAGCUUUCCUGCUUCAUGAGCUUACAGAAAAGGGUCUAAAGAACCUGGGGCACUCCAUUGAAACAUCAUAUUCCAACAUACAGAAACUGGUCGUCCAGCACCUACAGGUGGUGAGCCAGGCCAUAUUGUACCACCUCAGUGAUCUGCGUGGGAUGUCAACUUGGUACGAAAAGUUUGGGGUCCUCGGCAUGCACACAGAGAAGAUACAGGAGGCUGUCACUGCAGUGGGUUCCUUCGUCCUGAAAACCUCUGAAAUACAGCAAGUAAUCGACAACAGUAUAAAGAAUUUUAAAGCUUUCUUCAGAUGGCUGUAUGUAGUUAUUCUGAGACUUUCCAAUGAAAAGCCCCCAGCUGAGCUAAGCAAGAUGACCCAACAUGACAUCAACUUUGUAGCAGAAUUCCUGAGAGACAAUUUUGCCCAUUUUACGUUAGAUAAUCAUGAUGAGGAUGAUAUAUCAAUAUCUGAUCUGAUGGAUGACCACAGCAGUAAAUCAGGAUUCAAACUGGAGAAAGUUGGACAGUAUUUGAAGCGAGAAGAUCUACACUACCCACCCACUGUGACCUCUAACCCCUGGGUACAGUUCCAGAAAGGAUGUUUUCAUCUCAAAGAUACGGACAUCUUGUACCCGGUACAGAAUACCAAGUCCCUGGUACAAUUACUGGAUAUCCUACUGGAAGCUAUCCAUUCUGCCUUGUCCCGACCAUCAAUGGUGAUAGGGAGUUCGUUUGAGUGUCUCUCCUCCCGACAUCUCUUCACGCUGACAAAACAAGAUGGAGACAGUGAUCUAAAACCCAAAGUUUGUCAAUUUACCAGUAAUGAGGGCCAAUGUUUAUACACAGUUUACACCAUGGAGCGAUUGCCAUCUGAAACUCUUAUUAUUCUACGCCACUCAACGCAGGGGGGCAGUGUACAUUGUGAGGCUGUAGCGGUCAAGUUUGGGGAGAUAGCACACCGGUCAGUUGACACAAGUGGACAAGAAGAUCUGGAAAGAUGCAGCAAGCAUCGCCUCCAAGACGUUGGUUACUAUGACGAGAGAACGCUUUCCCUUCUAUUAGUUGAAGAGAAUGAAGACGAGUCUCCGGUGUUGGUUCAGCUCGCCCUGGCUGUUAUUCCGGACUCCAUGUACACAACCGUGCCACCAGAUGGCAGUAUACAGGGUUUUAGUCUGAAUGCCAUCGACAUCGGUGAGAAACUAGAGAGCCAGAGUUAUAAACGACUAGAAAACAUGAAAGCUCACUCCUUCUCUGUCAGUGGUACCCGCAAAACAGCCAUUGUGCUAUUUUCCUCUAAGAGACGAGUAAGGAUAUUUCUUAUGGAUGCUGAAGAGGAAGAGGACGAUGAAGAUGAGGCUGAUGAGACUGGAGAUUUGACAGAAGCAGACAUAAGUGGGGUCCAAGUUGGGGAGGGUGACACCAGUGGGGCCCCAGAUGGGGACUUUGACAUGAGUAGGGCCCACGAGGGAAAUGGUUUGAUGCAGGUGGAGGAGGGCGAUUCCGAAGGACAGGAAGAUAAAGAAAACCUCAACUUCCUCUCUCCUAGUACAGACAGGGGUCAGAGUUCUUAAUUAGGGGGCGGGGGGAAACCUUAAACUUCCUCUCUCCUAGUACAGACAGGGGUCAGAGUUCUUAAUUAGGGGGCGGGGGGAAACCUUAAACUUCCUCUCUCCUAGUGCAGACAGGGGACAGAGUUCUUAAUUAGGGGGCAGGGGAAAACCUUAAACUACCUCUCUCCUAGUACAGACAGGGGACAGAGUUCUUAAUUAGGGGGCAGGGGAAAACCUUAAACUACCUCUCUCCUAGUACAGACAGGGGACAGAGUUCUUAAUUAGGGGGCAGGGGGGAAACCUUAAACUUCCUCUCUCCUAGUGCAGACAGGGGACAGAGUUCUUA